CUGAGACUUCGAGAAAUUUACAAAUUGAAUUACAAGUACAAGAUCUUGAUUUCAAGACCCUUAGUGAUGCUGAAGAUAAAUUUAUUGUGCAAGAUAAGAAUUCUGACCCUGAGCAGGAUGCGAUACUGAAACCAAUUAGCGAGAUAUGAAUGUGAUCCCCGAGACACCGAAACCUCCCAAGAGUGAACUAUAUUAUGAUCUUAUAUAUUUUUAGUACCUAGUGUUUCAUGUAUAGGUUAUAGUAUUUAUAAUAUUACACCUUUUCAUCAUAAUUUUUGCAAAAAUUGUGCAACAUGAACUUGAGGGUAUGGACACAGAAUACAGCAUUAUAACUACAUUACGGUAGCGGUAGUAGUUUUCUCUGGAGAUUCGUGUAGCGGAGAUAAUGGCCAGACUUGGACAUGCAAAAAACUGCAACACUGCCCGUCAGCCAAGGCAGAAAUCAAGUAUAAAAGACCCAAACCAUGUGGCAUCAGCGCCGACAGCUUCAUCGUUUGCUGCAACCCCACGAUGCCAUCCAAACCCCCGCCUGACAACAACUUCAAUAAACCCCCUCAACAACAGACUCCGCCACCGUUCAAACCCACCAAGAGACCACAAUCCAACCUGCCGCUAACUACAAGUGAAAUCAAGUGCAGAGACUACCAAAAGUACGUGUUCAAAGAUGUAAAUUACUCAGUUCUGGGCCUGGAGGUUGAUUACGAGGACGACCUCCCCAAACACUCCAACAGGUCCUCAGAGAACACUUGUGGCUUCAAAGAGGACGCUCUCAUUUAUGAUGGCAAACCGGCUCAUCCCCGAGAGUUUCCCCAUCAGGUUCUUCUUGGUUACGAAGUGAGAAGAAACAUAGAAUGGUCGUGCGCAGGCUCACUCAUAAGUGAGAGAUACAUUCUCACUGCUGCACAUUGUAUCGAUACAGACAGAGGUCCACCGAAGUGGGUGCGCACUGGAGACCUGGACUACGUGAGCACCGCGGACCGCGCCAACCCUCAGCAGAUAAGGGUGGCCAAACACAUCGCGCACCCCGCCUACAAGACAGAGAAGCCGUUCAACGACAUCGGUCUGCUGCGACUGGAGAGGGACGUCAAGCUGGAUGAGUACAGCCGCCCCGCUUGUCUCUACAACGACCGCUAUCUGCCGCAGGCCAAUGCCACCGCUUCCGGCUGGGGAUUCACCGAAAGUGGUUCAAAAAGUACGACUCUUCUAAAAGUGCAGCUGGAAAUAAUCGAGAGAGACACGUGCAAUGAAUACUAUAAGGAAAAUGUGCAAAUUGAUGAUAAUAGAAUGAUAUGUGCUGGAGAUCUGUACGGAAGGAAAGAUACUUGCAGGGGUGACUCAGGAGGACCCCUUCAAGUUCGCCGAACAACCCCCUACUGCAUGUACAACAUAAUAGGGGUGACCUCGAUUGGUCGGGGAAAGUGCGGAACGAAAAAACCUGGAGUCUACACGAGGGUGUCUCACUACCUUCCAUGGAUUGAAAAAAUAGUUUGGCCUUGAUUCAAUCAUAUUCUUUUAUUGUUAAUCCACAUACUUUUACCAAAGUACUUAUAAUCAAUUAUCAAUGUCGUACCCUUAAUCUACACCUAUCAGUGUUUUAUUAGAUUAGAAAAGGAAGUAAUAUACCUGAUUAUGAAGAGAGUGAACUAUAUGGAGGACAAGGCCGUUAACUUCAAUAUUAUGGAUGAGUAGGCCUAUCCACUAUCCAGAACAGUGUAUGAUUAUGCCUCCUUGAGAACGCUUCUUACAUAAACAUAAUUAUUGUAUCAUACACAUAAACAACUAAUCCUUUCCAGAAUCAAUAUUUUACGAGUAAUUGCAAAAAAGAAGAUUGAAAUAGAUUUUACUGCAACUAAAUCCUAUUUUGACAGGAUUAUUCUCAAAUUCUCAUUAAAUGAAUAUGAUUAAUAUUAUCAAGAUUAUAAUGAAGAGUUCAAGAGUUUGCUUAUGAAAUACAUGUUUGAAGCAAAUGACAUAAGUAAAGCAAAUGAAUAGUAAACCAAUGAUUUUCUUUGAUAAAGAAAUAAUGGAUUAAACGAAUAACGUCCAAAACGUGAAAUAAAAAAAGCUUAUUUCACUUUAAUUUUUUAUUCAAAUAUUUUCUAGUAUUACAUACCUGACUAAAUAGACUUUCUCAUAUCGUUAUUAAAUUACGGCUAUAACUUGAAUAAGGUGAAUAAUUUAUGACAAAUAUGUAAAAGUAUUCAAUUUAUAAAAGACAUUGAAUAAAUGACUGAUAAAUACUUUCAAAACAGCCAUUAUUUGUGAAAACGUGUAUUCACUCUAAUUAGAUUUAUUUUGUUGCUAGUCAAUAUGGGAUGCUCUCAUUUACCUCCAAUCAGCUAUCUAUCACUUUAUCAGCUUUAAUUUUUUCUAAUGAGAAACUACCAAGCUACAGUAAAAAAGUGUGUUGAUGAAAUUUGUUCUACAAAAAGAUUUUGAAUAUGAGAUUGUUUUAUGCAGAAAAGGGCGAGAAAUUUAUUAAAAUUUAAGGAUCUCUUUCACUGGACUUAUGUAGUAGUCACAAGUAAGGCACUCUGUUGGAGUAUAAUUUUUGUUUAUGCCAAAGAAAUAAAUAUUACAGAUGGAAAUUAAUUUGGAUUUUCGUUUAAUAAUUAUUAUUAAAUAAAUAUUAAAAUUGA